AUGUUCAGUAACUCAGGCCUUGAAACCCUGGCCCUUGAUCCGGGGCUGGUCCGGACCUGGAAACAUGUAGGUCGCGCGGUCAGCCACUCUCCAUUAGCCCUGCUGCAGGCGUACUGCCACACCAAGCACCGAUGCCAUGUCGCGUUGACCGACUGCCGCAAUCGCACAUACGGCAUCCGCGAAGAAUACCGUGCUACUGGAGCGCUUCUUGUCGCCCUUGACGAAUGUAUGCAAUCCCUGGGGAUCGCCAGCCAGGCGCUGACGGUGCCCAAUGAAUCCCCUGCCCUGUCCUCGCCGAGGUCAUUCCCAUGCCGAGGUCUAGAAUCUAUUAUCAACAAGGGAAGCCAAUACUACUCCAACUGUCUGCAAGAAGUGGUCCUGGAUCUUUAG